AUGUUCGCUCUUCGAAGAUUUGCGCGAUCAACCCCUCGGGCCAUGACCCGCCUCACCAGCGCUUCGUUGCGAUCUGGUGUUGCCCGCCCUAGCUCCUUGGUGACAACUCGGGUUGUGAGCGUUGGACCGGCAGCUCGUGCUGCUUUCUCAACAACUGUCGGUCGCCGCGCCGCUGACGGCGAGACUGAUGAAGAGCUCUCUGCCAAGCUGGAAAGUGAGAUUCAGAUUGAAGAAGAGAUGAGGGCUCAGGAGCAGCAACCAGCCAGCAUCCAAGAUUUUUUGGAAAAUACCCCCUUCAAGCUGCUUGACACCCCUGGACAAGAGGUAGUCAAGUUGGUCCGUGAUUUCGGCGACGAAAAGAUCACUGUUAGCUUUUCAAUCGCCGACAUCACCAGCUACGACCCCUACUCGGAUGAAGCCGCUUUGGAGGAAGAAGAGUUUGAAGACGCGGCACAGUCUCCCGGCAAGCAGGCUGAUACCUCUGGCCGCCCUGAGGAGGAGAUUGAGGAGGCAGAGGACGAGCUCGAUGACGAGGCCGCUGCCCCCAUCAACCUGUCCAUCAUCGUUGAGAAGCCCGGCAAGACUGCUGGUGCCCUGAACAUUGACGCCAUCGCCCAGCACGGCAACAUCGUCGUCGAAAACUUGUUCUUCUACGAAGACGCCAAGGUCGCCAAGAUCGAGAGUCCCGAAUACGCCCAGAAGCGCGCUGACGUCUAUCCUGGCCCUCCCUUUGGCAGCCUCGACGAGGACUUGCAAGUCCUGAUGGAGCGCUUCCUCGAGGAGCGUGGCAUAACGCAAGCCUUGGCCGUCUUUGUUCCUGACUACGUCGAUGCCAAGGAACAGAGAGAGUACAUCCGAUGGUUGAACCAAGUCAAGGGCUUUGUCGAUGCCUAG